GGGUGUACCAGGAUGGCGCGCGCCACUGACAGCGUGCGCGGUGGGUUCUGGGAUAUUGAAGAUCUGCUGCAGGAGUGCAGGGCGGUAAUACGGCGAAUUUAACAUGUCAGCCUUCAAAUUCAUAGACGUUGGCAUCAACCUUACGGAUGCGAUGUUUAGAGGCGUAUACAGGGGCACCAAAAAACACCAAGACGACUUUUUAGAUAUCAUCGAACGUGCCAUCAAGACCGGAGUGCAGAAGUUUAUGAUCACCGGGGGUAAUCUGCAGGAGAGCGAGGAAGCCCUGCGGUUGGCACAGUCAAACGAUCGCUUUUAUUGCACCGUGGGCUGCCAUCCGACCAGAUGCGGGGAGUUCGACAAGGGAGACCCGGACCGGUACUUAUCAGAGCUGCAGAGUCUGCUAAAGAAUAACAAAGGAAAAGCCAUAGCUGUUGGGGAAUGUGGAUUAGAUUUUGACAGACUGGAAUUCUGUCAAAAAGAAACUCAGCUGAAGUAUUUCGAGAAGCAAUUUGAUCUGGCGGAACAGACUAGGUUGCCGAUGUUUCUGCACUGCAGGAACUCGCACAAGGAGUUUUUAGAAAUAAUGCAACGGAAUAGACACCGGUGUGUUGGGGGAGUGGUUCAUUCUUUCGACGGCACGAAGGAAGAUGCGAAGGCUAUAAUAGAUCUGGAUCUUUACAUUGGCAUUAAUGGCUGUUCAUUGAAGACAGACUCCAACCUAGAGGUUCUGAAAUCUAUUCCUGCGGAGAGGCUGAUGAUUGAAACAGAUGCCCCCUGGUGCGGGGUGAAGAAUACCCACGCGGGUUCAAAAUACGUCAAAACUACUUUCCCCACAAAAAAGAAAUGGGAAUCCGGCCAUUGUCUGAAGGACAGGAACGAGCCCUGCCAUAUAAUACAAGUGCUGGAGAUCAUGGCCGCGGUCAGAGAAGAGGACCCGGCGGAGCUGUCACGCACCCUCUACAACAACACGCUGAAAGUGUUCUUCCCAGACGAUUAGAAACGCGUACUUAUGGAAUCAAUAGUAAUAUUAUUAAAAGAACAAGUUUAUUAUGUCUCUGGAUACCGUGUCUUGGGCUGUAACAAUAACUGCUAAAUCCCAUGAAAAAGCCAAUCCAUUUCACAUAAAGAGUGUAUAAAGAGCAA